ACGGAUUUCCACAGUUUCUUUUAUUCUCGCUUUUGUGUCAGAAUUUUGCUUUCAAUUUAUUCUCAAGGAAUGUCGGCGUGGACAGAGUACACAUCACCGGACGGUCGCGCGUACUACUACAACCGUGAGACGCGGGUGACGAGCUGGGAGAAGCCCGACGAGCUGAAGACGCCGCAGGAGCGUGCUUCGGUGUGGAAGGAGUACGCCAAAGACGGAAAGCCAUACUGGUACAACACCGCGACGAAGAAGUCGACCUGGACUCGGCCUGUUGAGUUGGUUCCAGCUUCCACAGCUCCAGCUCCAGCCCCAGCUCCGGCCCCGGUGCCCGUGCCAGUGCCCGUGCCAGUGCCCGUGUCAGUGCCAGCAUCGGUACCAGUGCCGGUACCGGCCGUUGUUCCAGCAUUGGCAACAGAACCAGUCAAGCCCGGACCUCAGUCGGCAGUGUCAAACAGUCAGCAACCAUAUCAGCCAAAGAAGACCAACCGUCUUGAAUUCCGAACGGCAGAGGAAGCUGAAAAGGCCUUUAUGGACAUGCUGCAUGCACACGGUGUUACUGGCAACUGGACGUGGCAGCAGACAGUGCGCACAGUGUCCAAGGACCCAAUGUAUCAUGCCUUGCGUUCUGCGCAGGAACGGCGGGAUGCGUUUGACCGGUAUAUUGACCGAACGCUGGAGAAGGAGCGCGAGGAGCGGCGCCAGAGACAAAAGAAGCAGCGCGAGGACUUCAACGCCAUGAUGAGCACGCUGGCGAUCUCCGAAUACACCCGAUUCAGCAAGGUGGCCAAGGUUGCAGCCAACCAUCCGGCGAUGCAAGCAGUGGAGCGCGAAUCGGAUCAAAUGCGGCUGUUUGACGAGUACAUGGAUGAGUACCGACACAAGCUUAAGGAAGAGCGGCGCAAGACCAAAACCAAGCAGAUGCAGGAGGUAGCGGAGUUCCUGUCACAGGUAACUAUCAGCACCAAAUGGGAGGAUAUGAAAAAGAAGCUUGUGGAAAGAUUCCAGGACUCGCUGAUGCCGGUUGUGCGCUCCGACGACCAGCGUGUGCCUCUGGAUACACUGCGUCUGCAGACCGAUGCGUCGGCGGUAGAUCCCGAGGCUGGCCUGACGAUGCUGGAUUUGAUUGAGGUGUUUGAGCGAGCCAUGUCCGAAGCCGAGCAGCGGGACAGCGAGCAGCGGCGACGUGAGAAAGAGGCUAUGUUCCGCGAAGAAAGAAUCCGCCGGGACCGAUUCCGUGAGCUUUUGCGCGAAAACAAGGCCAAGAUCACACCCGUAAUGACCUGGAAGGAGUUCUUCCCGUUGAUCCGGACGGACCCGCGCUACACCGAGAUGCUGGGCCAGAGUGGGUCGACGCCGCUGGAGCUGUUCUGGGACGAGGUCGAGCUGCUGAACGAGGACGUGUACCAUGACCGCAAGAAGCUGGAGGCCAUCAUGCGGGACCGCGGGUUCCGGGUGCUGAUUGACACGCCAUUGAGCGAGGUCGAGAAAUUCGCCCGCGACCACACAACAGUGGCCAUGGACAACCUCACAUACAUUCACGAGCAGCUGGUGCUAAAGGCAGUGCGCCGGAAGGAGGAAGAGGAGGAGCGCAACGAGCGGCACCGGCGCCGACUGCUGGACGACUUCAAGUAUGCACUAUACUACCUGGAUCCGCCCAUCAGCGCCGACACGACGUGGGAGGCUGUGCAAGCUAAGGUAUAUGCUCUGCCCGAGUUCAAGGACGUGGGCGACGAGAAGGCAUGUCGCGCUACGUUUGACCAGGUUGUCGAUCGCAUGAAGGAGAAGGUGCAGCAAAAGAAGCGCCGGCAGGAGUCGCUGGAGGCCGAGGCACGCAAGCGCUCGCGCAGUCCGGCGGUGGGCGGAUCAGCGACCGAAAGCCGCAGCACCAAGCCUAGGACCGAGGAGGAUUACUCGAGCGAACUCGAAGAGGGAGAGAUGCCUAUGUAAACCUGGUUUCCGAGUUAAUAGAGGGCUGAUAAUGAGCUUCCCAAUUGAACUAACAAA